CUUCCGUGUCAAUAGAUGCUUCAGGAUGUCUCGCAGAAAGUGCUAUUUCGGUUGUGAGGGGAAGUUGAACCUGUUCGCCUCUCCUAAAGAAGAAAGCACCAGACAGUACUGGGUCCAGUUUCUGUUCGCGGGCCAGCAGCAGCCGACGGCGAACUGGUUCCUGUGUUCGCGACACUUCUCCGAGGACGCUUUCCUCAACAGAGCCCAGUAUGAGGCGGGCUUCUCGGCUCGGCUGCUGCUCAGAGACGGAGCGGUUCCGUCCGUGAAGGGUCGUGUGCAGGAGUCCGAGGCUCUGGCUAGCUCAUCCCAGCAGACCCCCACAACCCACUACAGACACACAGGAUGCCAGACCGACCCUCUACCUACCGUCUCCGUUGCAACGCAGUUCUGCCAUCACAUGGUUUCUGUUGGAACGCAGCUGUCCUACAGUACGCUGAAAAACCAUGUGAGAAGCAAAGGUGUACAGGUCACACUUUGCAGCAGUGUUGACACAGAGAACCCCCAACAAGACACAAGGUUAAAACUGUCUUCCACACCUGGAAAGACCUCUGCACCUUCACCGGGUGUCAGACCAGCAAAGAGACCUCGUCUUGAACUGCAGGAGGAGGAGGAAGAUGAAGAAACAUUUUCUCAUCCACAUGAUUCCACAAAUGAUCUGGGUGACUCUGAAAUGAGUGGGAUGGAGUCCGCUUGUGAUUACACUGAUCCGAAGUACAUUGUGUUUGAGAGCAGUCUGAGAGACCUCUUCCAGACCUGUCCAGUUUGCAGGUGGGAGUGUGUGGUGCAGCAGCGAAGCCUCGGCACUUUUGUGUCCUUUAGUCAGCGAUGCCCCAACUGCCAGUACACCAGAAAAUGGCAGAGUCAACCGAUCAAAGAAAACACGCCGGUUGGAAACCUCCAGAUGUCUGCAGCUGUUUAUUUUACCGGCGGAUCCUUCAUUCAGAUGGAGAAGAUCUGCAAAGCCAUGAACCUCCGGAUGUUCCAGUAUGACACCUUCAGGAGGCAUGCCAGGAUGUUUCUAGAACCUGCAAUUAACCAUAAAUGGAAGACGGAUCAGCAGACACUGAUUGAGCAUCUGAAAGAGGAGAAGGACAAAAUCGCAGUGGGUGGAGAUAUGAGGGCAGACUCACCAGGACACUCCGCCAAAUUCGGCAGCUACACCCUGAUGCACCUGAAGAGCAACAACAUAAUCGAUGUUCAGCUUGUACAGAGCAACGAGGUUGGUGGCAGCUCACACAUGGAAAAAGAAGGUCUCAGAAGAGGCCUAGAUUUCCUGGAAGCACACCAUUUAAAUGUGGAUUACAUUGUGACUGACCGCCAUGCGCAGGUGCACAAAUAUCUGAAGGAGCGAAAUGUCGACCAAUACUAUGACGUUUGGCACCUUGAGAAAGAUUUGUCCAAACAGUUAGAAAACCUGGCUAAGAACAAGGAGUGUCUGGUGGUGCGCAAAUGGUUGCCUAGCAUCAAAAACCACAUGUACUGGACGGCCACAGCUUCAAAGUCUGGAGCAGAGAAAGUCGCAAAAUGGAAGUCUCUGGUCAACCACCUUCAGAACGUCCACACGCAUGAUGAUCCGCUGUUUCCCAAGUGUGCUCAUCCUGACAGGGUCUCCAGAGACCCCAACAAGUGGUUUCAACCAGGUUCAACGGCCCUGAGCAAAGUGGAGAAACUCCUGUUGGACAAAAGAAUUCUCCGUGAUGUGGAAAAACUCAAUCAUGACCACCAAAUUUCAUCAUUAGAGGCUUUCCACAGCAUCACUGAAGGCUUCACCCCAAAGAAUGAUGUUUUGUCUUCUGUUGGGAGGCUGUGCAGGCUGUACUUGGCUGCCAUGCAUUUUAACGAGAAUGCAAAGCGAGACCAGUCGACAACUUUAGAGGGCAAAGCUGUCUGCAGACUAAUGUUCCCACAUUGCAAGAAUGGACAAUGCAUAGCAACUCCUGUGCAGACAGAGCCUACAUUCCAAUAUGUCAGUGACCUGAUGAAGCUUCUUUUUGAGAAAAUUUUUGAGGACCCAACCAGAUACACAGAGGACCUCAACAAAGUCUCCCUACCAGAGGACAGUCGAGGGGCGGCUGGAACCCAACAAAGUAGGCAGCAGGUUCAGGAAGCACCAGGUACGUCAGGCCAACAACACCGGACAGGAUGGCGAGCCUGACCUGACCUCUCAGGUAUCCUCAAUGGAAACUGAAAAAACUGUGGUAUACAAAAUACCUGUACGAUGUGAACUGGAAACAAGACACGAUCAUUACAGGAAGUGAUCACUGCAUGGCAUUUUCUGUCGUACAAACAUUCUUCUGAAUCCAGUGAAGGACUUUGCGUGACGUCUGGAACACGACACUACCUCAUCCAUUGGCAACGUUUGUUUGUGACUGUUUCAAAACUAUGAAUGCAGUGUGUUCUCUGUCUCUUGUAAAUAAAACAAUUUAUAUUUCCGA